AUGUCAAUUAUUGAGAAUGUAAACAAGAUUUGUUAAACUCAUCAAUUUGAGAUACUUGCUGUUGAUUUAUAAGCAGCAAGAGAAUAAAAAUAAAAAUAUUUAUGUGUUAAGUGUUUAAUUGAAAGGAUUUAAGGAAAUAAUAUUGUUUUAUUAAGUGAAGCUAUUGAGAUGAUUAAAGAGAUGAAAAAUUAAUGUAAAGAUGAAGUAGAGAAAAAAAAUCAAGAAACAUUGAAUAGUAUAUAGAAUCUUCAAAGCUCUGUAUUAAAGAUCAAUGAACACUUUACUCAAGUAUUUGAUAAAUUAUAAUAUAAAAUUAAUGAAAAUAUCAAUUCAAAUGAACAACAUAUAGAAUAAAAGAAAACUAGUUUUGAUGAAUUGAACUUAGAUAAAGAUAUUGAAACAUUAUCAUUAAUUUAUAAAGGAAAUUCUAAUUGUGAAUCUAUAAAAUAAGAAUAAAAUUUAGAAGAAUUUGUAUAGAUGUUAGAUAAAAUACAAAGUGAACUUAGUAUGAUUUCAAAUAUAAAAUAAUUUUCUUAGAUAUUUGAAUCAAUUUAAUAAAUAAAAUCUUAAUUUUAGAUUGGAUAAAAUACACCUAAGAGAAGAUUUGAUAAACAUGUAAUAAAUCUCAUUAUAAUAUUAUUAUUAGGAAACACCAACAUUAAAAUAUGUAUGUAAUCAACAUGGUAAAAAAAUUAUGAUGAUUAAUUUAAGUUAAAAUGAAUAAGAUCAAAGUGGAUUAGCUUGUGAGAAGUGUAUUUAAUAAUUUCCAAAAAGAGAAUAUAUCACAGUAGAAGAUGCAAAUACAAAAUGGAAAGAAUUAUAAGGAUAAUAAAAAUUAAUGAUUUCUAAAUACAAUAAUAGUAGAUAUUCUAAAUUUAAUUCUUCUAUCAAAUCUAUUCAACAAUUAAAAGAAAUCUAUAAUUAAACAUUAACAGAUAUCAUCUAAUAAUUAGAACGUUAAAGAAAUAUGAAUUAAAAUACAUAAAAUAAUAAUUCAAAUGUUGUUGAAGAUAUAUAUGAAUUAGAUGAAUAAGAAAUACUAAAAAUUGUAGAUUUCUUGAGUUAAAAAGAUAAGAAUUAUAAAUUAAAAUUAGAACAAUAAGAAUAAGAUUAAGUUGAUUUAAUAUUUUAUUAAAAUUAAAAAAAUCAUUUGGAAAAUCUUAUGAAAUAUAAUUUAUUGACUAAAAAUAAUUUAAUGAGAAUACAAAAUUAAGAUUAAUAUGAAUAAUACAGUAUUACUGAUAUAAUUUAAGAAAAUUAAUAUGAUAGUAAUUCAGAUGUGUAAUCUUUUUUUAAGAAAUUUUUAUUAUUAGAAUAAUAUUGUUCAAUCUUUGAUGAUUCUUGUAAUUUUUAUAAGAAUUUAUAAUAAGAAAUUGAUGAUUUACAAGAAAAAGGUUAAUUAUCCUAAUUAUUUAAUGCUGAAUAAUAAUAAAAAUAAUAUCAUUCUUUUUUGUAAUAUUCAAAAAAAAUGAAGUUAUUAAUUAUGGCAGAAGAAAAUUAAAAGCUAGUCUCAUCCUUAGAGUAAGAAAGUAAUUAAAUUAAGUAAUCACAAUAAGUUAUCUAGACUUAAUUGGAUGAAUCUAAUCAAAAGAUUGAAACUCUUAACUCUAAAAUAGAAUAAUUAGAUUUAUAAAUUACACAAUAUCAACAAGAUAAAUCUCAAUUAAAUGAAUCUAAUUAAUCUUUAAAUAAUCAAAUUGAAUAAUUAAAAUCAUAAAUAACUAAAGUUCAAUAAGAAUCUACUAAAUAAUUAAAUUAAAAGAAUCAAGAAAUUAAUCAGUUAUCAUCAGAGCAUAAAUCUUUAUAAUAACUAUUAAGGGAUUAACCUAAACUAAUAACUCCAUAAUUUUAUUUGGAAGUUUGUAAAUUGAUAGAAGAAAAAUCUAAAAUGAAAAUAUUAUGUUCUUUUCUUAUUUACUUGGGAACAAGAGAUGGCAUGAAUCAUACUAAAUGUUGGAGUAAAAUUAAUGGAAAGUAUAAUUUACUCAUUAUUUAUAAAUCCAAAAGUGGAAAUAUUUUUGGUGCUUACACUCCCUGUUAAUGGUUAGAGAAAUAAAAUGGUUAUGUAUCAGAUGACACAUUAUCAUCUUUCCUAUUUUCAUAGACUCAUAAUCAGUUUUUCCCUUUAAAAGAAGCCAAUAAAGCAAAUGCAAUAUAUAGACACUAAUCUUAUGGGCCAUCAUUUGGUAAUGGAUAUGAUAUCCACAUUGGAUCCGAUUUUACAAGUGGCUCCUCUGCUUUAGGAACUGCUUAUUAAAUUGAUUAAUACUAAAUAUAAAAUACAAGCACUCAUUUAUUUGGGUAGGCAACACCUGACUUAGAAGAAUGUGAAAUAUUAGAGCUUAUAUUAAAAUGA